UUUGUUGCACGCAAAUACUUCGCCAAAAAAUGAUUUCGGCAGCGAUCAUAUCUUGCACUUAUUAUUCAAUAACAUUUAACGGUAAUUAUACAAUAAUUGCGUACGAUUCAAAUUCACCGUUGGUGCUCUUCGUUCCACACACGUCCAUUUUAGUGUAUUUUGGCUAUGUAAUGAAAUGGUCACAUUUCAAGUUCUAAGCGUGAAGAUGUACGCCAGUAGUUGUCGCAUUCCGAAGCAGCGCUACAACAAUAUUGUUGUUGUUGCAGUGUUUUUGCAGCUCUUCUGCAAUUGUCUUUGCAUUGAGAAAUUCACGAAUGUGCAGUGCUCGUCGUUCAAUGAGAAAUUCGCCAUAUUCGAUAUGUGUCGUCUGCGUGCAGUGAAGCGUGAUGUCAACGAGCUGUCGGUGCGUUUGAAAUUUGUACAAUCAACCGAAACAAUGCGCAAUGCGACGAUUCGCCUCCAGCUCAUGAAGAAAGCUAGCGGUUAUAAGCCCUUCUUGUAUGAUGUCAACAUGAAUUUGUGCGAAUAUUUGGAGAAACGCAAUCAUCCCUUUCUCAAUAUUGUUUUCAAUGCAUUCGCCAAUCACUCGAACAUUCCACACAAGUGUCCAUUGAAGAAAGAGGUUUACCUUGAGCAUCUACGAUUUCCUACUGGCAUGCUGAAGGGGUUGCCAUUGCCGAAGGACGAAUAUGCGAUUUUUGCCACAUUCGCAACCGAGAACAAGAAUCGUGCCGAAGUGAAGUUAUAUUUUAUGCUGACCGAUUCGGUGGGUGGAAAAAGCGGAUAGUACAGGAACAACGACAUAGAGGUCAUCAUAAAGCAAUUUAAGUGGCAACACUGAAAAAUAUAUAUACGAAUUUACCUUACCGUUGGGUUAAAAGUUUUUAUGAAUAAAGCAUUUGUAUGAAUGUAAGCAAUUGGAAAUUUAAAGUAAGUUUAA